AUGUCGUCCCGGCCAGCCGUCGACCCCGAGUCGUCCCCGGCGGCGCAGCAGGCUCCACUGCUCGGCAAUGCAGACGGCCGGACACAAACAACAACCGUCCUAGGCAAGGCUCUGAGCAGCACCGCGGACCUCGCGAAGCACCUCCCCACCGGCGCCGUGCUGGCCUUCGAAUUCCUCUCGCCGACCUUCAGCGCCGACGGCACCUGCACGGCCGCCAACCGCGCGCUCACCGGCUGCCUCAUCGGCGCCUGUGCCCUCUCGUGCUUCCUCCUCUGCUUCACCGACAGCUACCGCGACGAGACGGGCACCGUGCGCUACGGCUUCGUCACGCCCAGCGGCCGCCUGAGACUCAUCGACGGCGCCCAGCAGAUGCCACCGCGGGACGAGAGAUACCGGCUUCGCGCGAGGGACGUGCUGCACGGGGUGCUGUCGUUCGUGGUGUUCCUGGCCGUGGCCAUGGUGGACAGCAACGUCGUGGCGUGCUUCUACCCCGUGGAGUCCGCCACGACGAGGCAGCUGCUCGCCGCAGUGCCCAUGUCUGCCGGAGCGGCGGGGAGCUUCCUGUUCGCUAUGUUCCCGUCCACGCGCCGGGGAAUUGGCUUCCCCGUCGCAGGCACGUCAUGA